AUGGUGAGACUGCAUACACUGGCCGCCGGCACCGCCUUGCUGGCCCUCGGGGUGAAGGCACAGUUCUCGUACCAGGGCUGCGUUUCCCUCGACACUUCCACCAUCAAGAACACCACCGAGCUGUAUCCGCAGGGCCCGGUACCGUGUCUCUCGUUCUGCAAUGGCUUAGGCUAUUCGUACGCGGCCAUAACUGCCCAGUUCUGCUCCUGCUGGGGCUACUCCUCCCCUCCCGUCGUCAACAAGUUGUACCCCGACAGUGGGCAUGCGGACUGCUCGUUCAACUGUGAUGAUCCAUACAGCAAUCAAUACUGUGGCGGCAUCGACCUCACCACUCUCGGCUUCCUGUACAGCUACUACGCGGGCGUUGCGCCUGCUGUUGUCGGAGGGACGUCGAGUAGCACCACUGCUCCAGUAGACAUUGCUACUAGCUCUAGCACUGAUGUGAUUGCAACUCCUCCGGCGACCUCCAGCGGGGAAGAUGUCUCCUCUACAUCUGCAAGUUCCAUCGACAGUGGGAGCGUCAAUCCUACCGAGGGCUCGAGCACCACAGGACCUACAUCUCCUCAGAGCUCAAGCCCGUCUGAUAGCGGCAUACCAUCCCAGAGCACCAGUGCUGGAGAAACUACGCCUCCCUCAACAAGCGAAGUUUCUCCCUCAACAAGCUCAGGUCAAUCUAGUGCUCUGCCUCCAACGAGUUCAGGCAUAUCAGAGGGCCCUGGGUCUUCUUCGACCUCGGGUGCAGCAGGAAGUAGCGAAGGCUCUCCGUCUCAGACCUCGUUCCCCCCAGGAGUCAUUGUGCCAACGUCUUCGAGUAGCGGGUCAGCUUCGCCCAGCUCAACUGCUGCCGGUGGCGCUCCGAUCGCGACUCUCGUGGUUCUCAUCCCCGGCCAGGCAUUCGUGAUCAGCAUCGCACCAUUCCUCAGGAGCCCCGGCGACCAGGCGCUCUCCUAUAUCCCCUCGCCGGCUUUCCUCUUGUACAACGCCAACAUUACAUCGUUCUUCGGCACGGUCCCGCUUACUUACCCCCCUGGACCGCUGGUCAUCACCGUGACAGCCGGCCAGCCUACCACGGGAUCGAACGGACUCGGCCGCAGGCAGGUCCCGGCAGGGACCUACACGUUCGCCAUCGAGCUUAUCAUCGUGGCACCAGGCGUCUCGGUCCCGACGCUGCCAAGUACCCCAGUGCCGACGCCGACCCUCAGCCCGGUGCCAGGCGCACCCGGCGCACCCGGCGGACCUGGUCCCGUGCUCCCAUCAUACACCAACACGGUCUACCAGACGGUGACGUCGACAAUCACGCGCUGCCCGGUGUGCGCGCCCGAGGUGACGGUCUACGCGGUGCCGAUCGGCACGACGUGCGUCACGGCCCAGGUGUUCACGACGCCCUGCCCGGUGACGGUGACGACGACGCUGCCCAACGGCGUCGUCACGCCAGUCGUCACCACCACCGUCAGCAAGAUCCCGUACAACCCGGCCGAGAGCACCGUCACCGUCAAGACCGUCGUCGAGAAGACCGCCAAGUACACCACCACGCUGCUCGUCGCCGUCACUCAGACCGUGGCGAAGAUGCAGCCGACGGGCAACGCGGGCGCCAUCCAGCAGCCUGCUGCUCCUCCUGUUGCUGCUCCUCCUGCCGCUGCUCCUCCUGCCGCUGCUCCUCCUGCCGCUGCUCCUCCUGCUGCAGCUCCCGUUCCCGGCGCGGCAGCUCCCCCUAACGCCGCGCCCUUCUCUGGGCCCGUUGCACCGCCGCCCAACGGCGCGUUCGGCACAGGCGCGGCAAACAAUGGCUCCCAGAAUGCGGCACCCACGAUGCCCGUCACCGCCGGGGCGAGCAUGGACCGGUUCGUGGAGAUGUUUGUCCUGCUGUGCGGCGUUGCCUUCGGGGCGCUCCUCCUGCUGUAG